GCUCCCGCUGCCCCGCCGCCGCCCGGCACCGGCCGCUUCCGUAUCGGUUGCCCGCCGGAAGACUUCGUACCGCGGCCGGCUAGCCGGGUCCCCGCGCCCUACGUCCUACCGCGCCCGCGGUUCUUGGUGGCCGCCCCAUGACCGCCUGACGGAGCGGGCACGCCGGGCUAGGCUUGCGGACGCGCGACGCCGCGGCCAGGGCGCACUCGGCGCUCCGCUAGCGAUGUCUGCGUGACGCCCCUCCCCGCCCCGAGCCGUUGGCGUCAACGUCUGCCGGAAGCGCCUCCCUCACGUGUGGCUAGUUGCUGUGGAGGUCCCAGGUGAACGCCGGGUGGAGUUUGUUUUUUUUUUUUUUUGGCCUUGAAAGGGCACUUGGCCAGAUCCCAGACACCAGCCCCAGCUGGAGGGAACCCCGCGGGAGAGACUGGAUCCGAGGAAGCCCUGCCUGAGGGAUUUCCUGCCAUCAGAGGGAUCCCCAGACUGAGAAGACGUAACUAUGGCUGCUGUUUAUUCUGGCAUUUCCUUUAAACUUAAAAGCAAGACAACUUCCUGGGAAGAUAAACUAAAACUAGCUCACUUUGCUUGGAUUUCCCAUCAGUGCUUUCUACCAAAUAAAGAACAAGUUUUACUUGAUUGGGCAAGACAGACAUUGGUUGCAUUUUAUAAGAAAAAACUUGAACUGCAGGAAGAUAUUGUUGAAAGGCUCUGGGUCUAUGUAGAUAACAUUCUACAUAGCAGGAAAUUGCAGAAUCUCCUUAAGAAUGGAAAGACUGUAAAUCUUCAAAUCUCUCUUGUUAAGAUCAUAAAUGAGAGAAUAGCAGAGUUCUCACUUUCGGGAUCCCAGAGGAAUAUCUGUGCCAUCCUGAGCUGCUGCCAGGGCAUCCUCUCAGCACCUGCCCUUGCUGUCAUCUAUACAGCCAAACCGGAGCUGAUUGUGGCCUUGCUGAGCCAGCUCUGCUGGUCGGUCUGCAGACAGCCAGAAGGAGCCAUGACAGCCCAGCUAUUUGAGGUCAUUCAUCUGGCUCUUGACCAUUACCUCAAGCUUCAGCAACAACAAGCCAACCCUAGACGUGUCUUUGUGGAUAUGACUAGCCACCUCCUCCAGCCUUGCCUAGUCCUGAGACAUUUGCUUUUGGGGGGCACAUGGACACAGCCUGGUCAAGGCCAGCUACAGCAAGUACUGAGCCGAGAUAUCAGGAGUAAGAUGGAUGCUCUUCUUCGAGGCGGUGUUUUUCGACAUGAUUUACUCUCAUCCUAUAAGGAGGAGCUCUUGGAACAGCGCCAAGGGAACAUAAAGAUGGGGGUUCUGAAGAGUCUCCUCACUCCAAUGGAAACUGUGAUUACAAGGCUGGUAGAGCCUGACUAUAUCAAGUCAGACCUACAUGCUUUGGUUGUGGCCAACUCAGUGUCCUUAUUGUACAAACUCUUUCUGGAUUCAUACCUUAAGGAAGAAAACCAGUUUCUCUGUUUUCAGGCUCUCCCCAGGUUGUUUGGCUGCUUGCAAAUUUCACACCUGCAAGAGGGGCAGAUGGAAGCCCUAUCCUUAUCAGAUUGGACCACAGAGCUUCUGGCUGUAGAGCAACUGCUAAACUCAGUGGCCACCAACAACAUCUACAAUGUGGCUGCUGACAGGAUCCGGCAUGGGGAGACACAGUUCCACUUCUACCGCCGUGUGGCUGAGCUGCUGAUCAACCAUUCACAAGCACCUGUGCCAGCUUGGUUUCGCUGCCUCAAGAUUUUGAUGUCUCUGAAUCAUUUGAUUUUAGAGCCAGACCUAGAUGACCUGUUGUCUUCAGCUUGGAUUGAUGCAGAAGUAACAGAAUUUCGAGCCAAAAAAGCCCAGGAGGUACUUAUUAACACUAUCUUCCAGACAUAUUCCAAGCUCCGACAGGUGCCACAGCUGUUUGAGGAGAUUUUGGGGGUGAUCUGCCGUCCAGCUGCCGAGGCACUGAGGCAGCCUUUGCUUGCCUCAGGCCCCUUCAUGGCUCUCUGCGCAUGUCUCUUGGAGUUGCCACUGAGUCAGAUCCUGGAUACAUGGUCCCUUGUACUAGAUAAGUUCCAGUCUUUAGUCAUGCCCUGUUUGCAGAGUGAUACUGACAUGGCUUUGAAGGCACUGUCACUGAGCUCUCUGCUACAUUGUAUCAUGUUCAACAUGCCAAGUUUGGACAACAGCAUGCCUCUGCCCAUCAUCAGACGGACACAGUGCAUAAUGGAGAGGAUGCUGAAAGAGCUUGUGAAGCCCCUUUUGGGCCUUCUCCUGGACCUCUGGAGUCCAGAGCCUGAGCUGUGGCAGCAGAAGGUGAGUGACUCUGCACUCUUACUCUCUUACACCUGGGCUCAAGUGGACACUACCCUCAGUUUGCACUGCAGCCAGUAUCAUUCUCUGGCGGGGCCCCUAGCUGGGGCUGCUCUGGAUAUCUCAAACCUCCCUUUGUUACUCCCAGGUGUGGAAACACAGCUUUGGAAGAAGGUGGAAAAGUGUAUAGCCCAGUCUAGGUCUCUGAGUAGGUACUGCUUAGAACAGCUGUACCUGCAGAAGGUGAAAAGGACUCUAAUGCAGACUAGUUCCCAGUCCAAAGAAGCCCUUCAAACCUUGAGGUAUGACACCGCCCACAUUCUCGAUUCUAGCAGAGACUGCUCAAGUCAGAAGACAGUAGUUGCCUGGGAUAGGCAGGUGUCGACAAUGAAUGAGUCCACAUAUCCUGUAGCCCACUGGCACUUGAUUGUAUCAAACCUCACAGUUUUAAUACCCUACCUUUGUUUGGAUGAUGUGAGAUACGUGGCUACUGUCCUAUUAAGAACUAUACCAGCAAAUAAAGCUCAGGAAAGCUUGGCACAUGGUGAGCCAUAUAUCACAUUUGAGAAAGUAUCCACAGCCCUCCUCCACAGCCCUCUCUUUCCGGAGAUGCAGUCCCUCUAUUCUGCCUUCCUGAUGUGUAUCAUUGCAAAAUGUUCUAGCAUACUAUGCUCUGGUGCCCAUAGUGAUCUGAGUCUUAUUAGUCAGCAGCUUCCCUGGCUUUUUGAAAAGGACUACCCCACAUUGGUGGCUCAUUGGGAAACCAAAUUGGCAAAAGUUGGACCUGAAGGUAUAGAACCAAGAGGAGAAGUUGCCCAGAAUUUUUUAUCCAUGAUCAAGAGUGGUUUUCCUAUCAAGCUGGAUGAAGAGCAGCUAAAAGGCCUCCUGGAGCUGUUAGAAGUCAUCUCUACCCUUCGCCUGGACAGCCUCUUGCCAUCUUACCAUGUGCAUUUUUUUUUUCUGCUCCUCUCCAUGGCUGUCUCCACAUUGGGACAUUGCUCUUGCCCACUAGCCCUCCAGUUCUUGGUGACAUGCUACCGGCUCCUCAAUGGUCUGCAGAGGGGAAGGAAUGCCCGCUCUGUGUUCAGAGUCAUGUAUGUUAGUGACAUCUUUGAGGUUGUGCUGACCUCACUGUUGCAAGCCAGUACUGAGUUUCAAGUUAGAGAGGAUGACCCUGCUUGGCUGCAGCUUCUUGAAGUGUCAGGGGUGUUCUUGGAACAGCUAAUGCAGAUGCUUAUCCAAGUAAAGCUUAGCUUGGUGCUCAAUUUUGGAAAAAUCACUGCCUUACUCUCAAGGUAUAGUAAGGGUGCUUCUAGCAAAGAAUUGAAAAUCCAGAGCCUUCAGGGCAGGCAACUGCUUCUGGUGGCUUUAACCAAAUUGUGUCAAAGUUUGGGGCCUUAUGUUAAGGGGCGGAGGCAGGUCCUGGAGGCAGCGGCAGCACUGCCUGAGCUGCUACGGCAGGCCAUGAUGCACAUGGGUGCUACACUGCAGCUCUGCUUAGUGCCUGGGACUAGAGGCCGCCGCCUGCCUUCAGUCUUUCUCUCAGCCGUCCCCACACUUCUAGAAGUAGACCUGAGCCAACACCUCAGUGAAGGGCAGCCCCAAACUGUUCAAGUGGUGGGUACAGAUGGAACACUGCUUUCCCACAUGACCCUUUACCAGGAUGUCUACGUUCAGUUGCUGGAGGAGUUGCCAGCCCUGUCGGGGAAUACUCAGUCUUUCCACGCAGCCUUGCAAUUUCUAACCUUGUUCCUUUUGGCCCCAGAGCUUCAUUCCAAGGAAAGCUCUGUUUUUGCUUCCAUCUUUCAUUCUGUGCGGAAAGUUCUUACAGGUCCAGGCGUUACUGCUCUAGUCACUCAGGACACUGAGCCUCACUUAGAAGCCCUGCUUACCCAGAUGUUUGAGACUGGGACAACAGAACACUUUAGGAUCGUACUGCAGUCUAUUCUUCAGGGACUGGACAUCACUCAGGCGUGGAAGUCUGAUCUGCAGGUUGUUUUGUGUGCCAUUAGACUACUCAAUCUACUACUCAAAUGCCCACUCAGUGGAGAAAAGGCGAGUUUGCUGUGGCGUACAUGCCCCCAGAUAGUCACGGCUCUAAUGCUGCAACACCACGAGGCCUGCCAGGAGCAGCCUGUGGCCCUGGUAGUGGUUGAGCCUAUUCUUGAUGUCCUGGCUGUUCUGCUACGGAAAGGGGAGGAGACCAUCAGCAACCCUCAUCAUGUUAGUCUGGUUUUUAAUGUCUUGCUCACAGUCCCUCUGGACCACCUGAAGCCACUGGAGUUUGGCAGUGUCUUCCUGAAGAUGCACAGUGUGCUGUUCUCCAUCCUGCAGUGCCACUCUAAGGUGAUGCUGAAGGCCAUUCCAUCUUUCUUGAACUCAUUUAAUAGAUUAUUAUUUUCAGUUAUGCAUGAAGGACGGCAGAAAGACCAAGGUCAUCACAUUUUACUGUAUCCCAAACUGUGGAUGUACCUGGCAUCCAUCUCUGAUUGAAACUUCUUUUUCUGGAAAGAAGUGAGUGGGGGGAGAAGAGGUGAGAGGUUGGGCACUAAUGACAGAUUUUGCAGUUCUCCCUUUACUCUGCCCAGCUGUGGACAGCUAGCUAGUGGCAUAACUGUCACCACCUCCCAUGCAUGGCAUAGUGCAUGUGUUGACCUAAUAUUAAAAAUCUACUCAUGUGCAGGGCUGAUAACAAGUUCCUUCUCUUUAGUAGCCUUCGCUGGUAUAUGAUAACUGUCUGUGGUUCUAGUUAAGGUUCUUUAAUAUCCCAAAAUGCUAUUCUGAUGGUGCUGUCCCUUGGUCUACCCAGGGAGGCAGACAGGCAAACCCAGGCCUUCCUUGUUGUGGACUAUGGAAGUGCAAUGUGACUGUAUGCUACAUCAAGAUUGUCCCUUGUCACAUGUUCUGAGCAUGUAUGGAAGCAUGUGCUUCAUGUUGGCCUAACUUGGACCUCUUUAAUCACAAGAACAUUCUCUGUACUUACUGCUUGACCCACAAGGGUUUAACAGUUCUAUUCUCUUUAUUGGGUUUUAAUGUACUCUUUGGAUUAUGAAUGAAGUCAGUAGCUGCAAUAAUCAGUGUCAGUUACUCAUAUUGUCUGAAAAGAGAAGCAGUAGAAUGUUAGGUCAUGAAGCACAUGGCUACAAUGUGGGCUUUGUGAAAUACUUCCCAAAUAUUAACUUGAUUUCAUAGAAUUACAUUGAUCUAGAGAACUAUAUUUAUUAAAGAUGUCUUUGUGUUUAUUCUAAAAAAACUGUUGUACAUACUAAAAAUAAGUCUUACUGAGGUUUAAUGUAUGCACGAGGAACUUCAUCUGUUUAAUUGACAGUUAAGAACAAAGUGAAACCACACCACAGGCAAAAUGUAGAUUGUUUCGUUUGAGUUCUGUGCCUCUGUAUUAGGCCUGACCCUGAGCAACCCCCAGUCUGUCAUUUGUUCCUGGGUUUGUUUGCAUUUUCCAGAUUUAUAAAUAAAAUUAUAGCUAUCACUGUGCUCAGCAAAGCUUGGGAGGUGCUGUAGCAUGGGCCAGAGCUUCCUACCAAGGCAGAGCAGGCUUGGGCAGCCCAGGAACUAGAUGAUCCUACUGAAUAGCAAGGGAGGACUGGGAGUAAGAAGUGACUCUGGGAAGAUAGGAGCAAGGUGGGGAUUAUUUGCUGAUGACAUUGUGUCUUAUCUCCAUUGGCCUAUGGAAGGAAAACCUUACACAGACAAUUUCUAAAACUGAUGGAGGCAAAGACAUCAUUUGGAACUCUUAAAUCCUCUCAAUAAACCAUUUCUCUUGAAAAUAAUCUUCAUUUGAUCCUUUCUUAUAGCAGUCUAUCUCCUUUAAAAUAAUGAUAGCAAUCAUAGGUUUCAUCCUGAGGAGAAUUGAUUUUUCUAGUUAGAUAUUGUAUUAGUUAUUUUUUCUCCUGGCUGUGAUAAAAUACUGACAAAGGCAC